AUGGCAAGCCGCACCGGCCGACCUCAGGUCCUCAUCACCGGGGGCAUCGUGGCCACCGCCGGGCGCUUUGCCCAGUGGUAUUUUGGCGCCUAUUCCAUCGCGGCCGGGGUGUUCAUCUGCCUGCUGGAGUACCCCCGGGGGAAGAGGAAAAGGGGCUCUACCAUGGAGCGCUGUGGACAGAAGUACGUGACCGCCGUGGUGAAGCUGUUGGGGCCGCUCACCAGGAACUACUACGUCCGGGCUGCCUUGCACUUCCUGCUGUCCGUGCCCGCGGGCUUCCUGCUGGCCACCAUCCUGGGCACAGCCUGUUUGGCCAUCGCAAGUGUCAUCUACCUGCUGGCAGCCGUCCGCGGUGAGCAGUGGACUCCCAUUGAGCCCAAGCCCAAGGAGCGGCCGCAGGUGGGAGGCACCAUCAAGCAGCCGCCCAGCAACCCUCCGCCCAGGCCCCCGGCAGAAGCCCGCAAGAAGCCCGCCGAGGGGGAAGAGGCGGCGGCGGCAGAAGGAGGAGGAGGAGGAGGCCCCCAAGUCAACCCCAUUCCUGUGACAGACGAGGUGGUGUGACCUGGGCAUCCCACCCGGGAGCCGCCCGCAGCCUACGGCUGGCCACCGGGGCAGCAGUGCACACCUCAAUAAAUGCAGAAGGAUUCCUGGGCCCUGGCUCUUCCUGGGGGGGCGGGGGGGCACCCCAGCAUCACUGGGACGUGGUGGUGUGUUUCGUAUUCUACCAAAUGUACCUGGGAUUUCUACCA